AUGGCCACGACAGCCACUACCAAACCGUCAUCGCUGGUUCAAUUUGGCCAGAAAUAUGUUACGAAGGGCCUCGGCCGCCAGUUGGAUGCCCUCGUCACGAUGGGCGAAGGGUCGUAUCUGACACUCGAAAAUGGACAGCGCAUGCUUGACCUCACCUGCGGCAUCGGCGUAACAGGCCUUGGACAUUGUCACCCGAAGGUCAGCGCAGCCGCCGCAGAGCAGUGUAUGAAAGUGGUACAUAUGCAGUGUAGCAUCGCUUUCCAUGGCCCGUAUCUUGAACUUAUUCAAAAGCUUCUUCCUAUGAUGCCUGACCCUUCCCUUGACUCGUUCUUCUUCUGGAACUCGGGCUCUGAGGCAAUUGAAGCGGCCAUCAAGAUCGCAAGGACGGCCACAGGCAAGCAGAACAUCAUCACGAUGCAAGGCGCGUAUCAUGGCCGUACCUUCGGAGCAAUGGGCGUGACGCGCAGCAAGACAAUCUACAGCGAAGGCGUGCACCCGUUGAUGCCUGGCGUCUUCACCGCCCCAUUCCCUUACUGGCACCAACUUGGCCUGCCUCUUGACACGCCACCGGAACAGCUUUCCUCCCUUUGCCUCUCCCAACUCUCUCUGCUCCUGUCGCAGCAAACCGCACCGCGGGACACUGCGGCCAUCCUUAUCGAGCCUGUCAUCGGCGAAGGUGGAUAUGUACCUGCGCCUCCUGAAUUCCUACGCGGCCUGAGGGAGAUAUGUGAUAAGGAGGGAAUCCUUCUAAUUAUCGAUGAAGUCCAGUGUGGAUACGGUAGAACGGGGAAGAAUUUUGCCAUUGAGUACACUGGCGGUCUUGCGAACGGAUUUCCUCUGAGUGGUGUCAUUAGCCGGAGGGACGUGAUGGACAAGAUGAAGCCUGGGUCCAUGGGAGGCACAUACGCAGGGAAUGCGGUGGCGUGCGCGGCAGCAUGUGCAGUCGCCGAUGUACUGAAGGAAGAGAACGUGCUUGAGAACGUCAAUGCUCGGUCACAAGAGCUCUUCUCUGCCCUGAACACGCUACGUGCGAACCCUGCCAUUGCACCGUCCAUCCUCGACGUCCGCGGGAAGGGCCUCAUGGUCGCCGUCGAGUUCGCGUCACCGACGGGUACAGGCCCGCACGAUCCCUUCGUGAAGCCCGGAGCGCCGAAGGGACUUGCGCGCCGCGUGGCACAGCGCUGCCAGGAAAAGGGCAUGCUCAUCCUGACGACGAGCGUGUACGAGGUGAUCCGGUUCAUCCCUGCGCUGAACAUCUCCAAGGAAGAUCUCGCGAAGGGAAUCCAGAUUUUUAACGAGGCGGUCGAGGAGGUCGUCAAGGAAGGUUAA